UCUGCCACUUCGUUCCUAUUUUUCUGGGAUUUGUAAGUUGUAUCUUUGAGUAAGCCGCAUUAAAAGGGAAAUGGAUUGAUUUAGACCAACUUUUCAUCCUUGCAGUUGCAUACGACAACAAAAUCAAUAACAACCCGUUCAACGCAACCUGGUUAUACGGAGACAAUCUACGAAGCAACGAAUCCCAACGAGUUUAGGAACGGAUCUGAUUUCCUAAAAAAAGUCGGUGAGAGUUCGAGAUCGGCCAUGACCAUAAUCGGCAAUUCAAGGGAUUCACUUGUCGAAUCUCAUAUAACUGCUAAAAGUCUGUGAACAUCCUGCCUGUAAAGCUAGGAUUGUUCCAUUCAAGUCGAUCUUGAGACUUGGGAGUUAAGCCAGACGAACACACGUGAUCCCUUUCAUUCGUUCCUCCCGGAGCGUCGACAUCAACUGAUCGUUGUAUUCAACAUGUAUCCCGCAAAAAUUGCAGGCUUCGCUUUGCUAUGGUACGACUCAUUCACGCGAUUUACCAGUCCCCCGGAAAGGCCAUUUCGCUACUGGGAUGGCAUUAAGAAAUAUGACCCCAAUAAAAACAAUCUUGAGCAACAAUUCUAUGAUACAAACAUAGAAUUGACGUACAUGAAGUCUUACCCGCCGUCUGCGCCAGGAAGCAAUCCAGAUCAGCUGUUCAUCACGCCGCAGUUCAAGGAUGGCCAAUGGAAGUCCGCCCGUCUCGAGGGUAAAGUGGCCCACAAAUGCGAGCAGGGCAAGGCCCUCAUCUUGCAAGCCGAACUUCAAGUAGGCACUGCAUCGUCCGACAAGCAAGCCGGCGUCUGGCCUGCCUUCUGGGCUCUGGGUGAGAGUCUGCACAAAACAGGAAGUGAAAAGAGGGAUUGGCCACUGUGCGGAGAGUGGGACAUCUUUGAAACUUCUGACGGAAAUGACUGGAAUCUUGCUUCAGUACAUUGGGCGUCCCCGGCUUCUCCUGGCAGCUCAAAGAACUUCCCAGAAGGCAUCGAGGACAGGAAUGUUGACCAAUUUUCGCACAAAUACGAUCAUACAAAGUUUCAUACAUGGGCGAUCCAAGUUGAUCGUAGGACGUCCAAUUGGAAAGAUGAGACUUUAAAAUUUAUGAUGGACGGCGAAGUAUAUCGCGAGAUCAAAGGGAGUGAUAUCAAGAUUGAGGAAGAGUGGGCGAUACUUGCGCAUGAGGCCUAUUUUCCUGUUCUAAAUGUCGCUAUUGGGUCGAAUUUCCCACGAUCUGCUAAGACUCCUAACACGAAGAAUCCUACGACUGGGCUUGAUAUUGGCAUGACAAUUAACUAUGUGGCUUUCUAUGAGUCAGAGUAAAAUUUUGAUAGUUUUCAAGACCGUUUACAAAUGUACUGAGUCUGGUUGUUGACAUUUAAAUUGUUCCCACAAAUGCUCCUAUGAGAUUAGCUCCUCGUUGGGAUAUUUUCCCAGGGAGUACUGAAAUUCUCUUUGCACAGUUGAAAACAAUAAGUCUUAGAUGUUCAUUCCCAUGGAAGAUAGCCUGCAGAUUACAAACGCCCAUUGACAACCAUGUCUGAGCAGUAUUUUUGUUCUCCAUGGAAGCGAGACGUUUCCAGGUCGUCAGCUAGAAACUCGGUUGACCCUAUUUGUCAACGCCGGCAUCCUUAAAACUGGACACACGAUAGACGAAGCAAUGCGCAAUUGGGUCGGUUCUCGUAUCAGAAACCCUUGUCAGACGCCUCAAUAUGCUCAUCACUUU